UCUUAAUAGCACUCGCUUUGGUAUUUGGUGGUGUGUUCAGUGUUAACGGGAGGAUGGGGUGGUGCAGCGAGGUUAUCACACUGUCACUCGCUCCUCCUCCUGUAGGUUUAUUCAGCAAUAAUAAUAAAAGUGCGGUGUUUCAAUUUCAAAAGCCUUUGUUAAAAUUCAAAUUCAACAACUCCACUCUUGUUAUUCAUCGGAACCCGCCGUUGGCUGCUCAACUACAACAACCGUCGUCGUCGUCAAGUUCAAGGGAUUUUGUUGUGGUUAAUUUCUACCAUUUUGUGUUCAUCAAAAACCCACAGCAACAAGUCGCCAAACACCUCUCUUUCUUGGAAUUGGAGGGUCUAGACAUCAAUGGAAGAGUUUAUUUGAAUGAACAAGGGAUUAAUGCGCAGUAUAGUGGGCCAUCAAAAGACGCUAUGGCGUAUGUCAACUGGAUAAAAGAGGAUAGCAGGUUUUCCGACAUCCUCGUUCAGAUAUCUCCAUCACAAACUGGACACACCUUUCCAUCAUUGAAGUUGCGCUAUAAGCCUUCAUUAGUACAGUUUAAAGGUGGCAUAUCAGAUCUUUCAUUGCUCGAUCCUUCAAUGCGGGCAUUACCUUUAUCACCUUCAGAAUGGAGAAAGAGAUUAGAAGUCAUCAAUAAAAAUGAUCCGCAUUCAAAAGAUUAUACCAACAGAAAUAACAUUAUAUUGGAUGUGAGAAAUGGUUAUGAGUGGGACAUUGGACAUUUUCGUGGGGCUCAACGGCCUAACGUGGACUGUUUUAGGAGCACUUCAUUUGGAUUGUCUCAAGAAAAGAUCACUGCUUCAGACCCUUUGUCAAAUGUAGAUAAAGAAAAUGCAAACAUAUUGAUGUAUUGCACAGGAGGGAUUCGGUGUGAUGUGUAUUCUACAAUACUGAGGCAGCAUGGAUUUCAGAAUUUGUAUACUCUGAAGGGAGGUGUUUCUCACUAUAUAAAGAAUGAAGGUGCUGCAGAAUGGAUAGGAAAUUUAUUUGUAUUUGACUCCCGACUGUCUCUCCCUCCUCCUGUUUACUAUCCUCAGGCCAUUCCUGAAGGUAGGAUGACUCCAGUUUCUAGAGAUGAUAAGUUCGCCAAAUGCUACAUAUGUAAUGUAGAAGUCAGUGAACUGAGACAUCGGAAUUGUGCAAAUCUUGACUGUAACUUGCUUUUUCUAUGCUGCAGAAAAUGCGUUAAGGAUCUAAGAGGAUGUUGUUGUUUGACUUGUACUACUGCCCCUAGGCUUAGACCCGCUUUAAUUGGAGAGCAGAGAUACAGAAAAUGGCACAUUUAUCGUGACAUGGAUUUGCAAGGCAAGGGGAAUUGAAGUAUUCUUGAGUGGAUGAAGUAUCCUCGCCAAUAGGUUUAUGACUGAUGCAUUUCCGGAUCAAUUUUGACAAAAAUGGGGUGAUUUUUUGCUUUAGGAAGGAUGAGGUGAUUUAAGGUGCGUUCGAAGACGAAUCUUUGAAAUAUCUGAGGAUAAUUUCGAGUUUUCAGAUGUGUGAGCUACUCCAAGAUUUUUUUUUCAUGAUUUUUUUUUUCAUGUUAGGAUUAUGAAGGGGUGGCAUAGCCUGGGUUAGGCCAGUUGAUUUUUGUCCAUCAUGGUCAAGGUGAUGUUUUUAGCUAUUUGAUAUAUUAUUAUUUAAAUUGAAAGGUUGUGAUGUAUGAUAGAUUACUUAUUAAUAAUUUUUUAUUAAAUUUUAAUUUUAAUUCUUAA